AUGUCCAUUGACGAACCCAAAUCACCCGGCGGGCCAUUGGGAAGUGCGCAAGAUGUUUUAAUUCAAAGCCCUGAUGUAGCGGGCGAUGAGAAAUUUCAGGCGCAGAUCUUGAUGGCCAACAUUGCCAGUGACGCCAGCAGCAGUCAGGAUGUAGGGCACCUUUCUUUGAAGAAAAGAGAACUUGUUUGCGGCCUAAAGAAGGCGAUAAACAAGUAUCUCCGCCGUCAUUGUGAAGGGGGGCAUCCAACAACUGACCUAUUACGCGAGCGCAUCUAUGCGGCACUCGAUGGUGCAUUGUUAGGUAUGGAAGUGGAUGACAUCAUGUCGAAGCAUUACUCCAAGGGUGCAGAGAACCCCAAGAAUCCCAGAACAAACGACAACAGAAACCUUCAAACCAACGACAACUUCAUCAUACCUGUAGGACAGUACAUUUGGAACAGCAUGAAGCGCGGAUCGUUUUCCCUCGGCACGAUUCCAAGCGCAAAACCACGUUUGUUGAUUGGUGGGCGAGGCAGCCUUGCUGGAAUGCCGGGAGGAUAUCCAACAGAGUGA